UGAUAUUUACCUCGUGACGUAGUAGGCGUAUUUAAGCCCCUGGCGCGAGAUUCUCGGAGAACAGAACAGCAGUCUCAGCCACAAAGCGGGUGUUACAUCGGUCUCUUGGAAAGAAUGAGUUUCAGCGGAAAGCAAAAACACAGCCAGCAGAAGUCUAAUGAGAAUAUUAAGAGCUUUUUUACACCAUCCCAAAAGAUAAUGGGUCCCCCCAGGCAAACCCUACAAGUCCUCCAACCUGCAGCUGGCAAAAAAAAUCUGGGAAGGUCAGCUCAGGGGGGAAAGGUUAUUCCCAAACGCAAACAGUGGAGCACAGAACUAACUAAAGGUCCAAAGAGGGUGAAGGCUGAAGUUAAAUCAACACAAACCGAAGAAACUCAGUUGACCAAUGGCAUUUCCAAUGAAGCAUAUGAACUUAUGGUCGUAGAAACGGCUCCGUCCUCCUACUGGAAGGAAAUGGCUGAAGAGCGUCGGAAGGCCUUGUACAAUGUUCUACAGGAGAAUGAGAAGUUACACAAAGACAUUGAGGCCAAAGAUGAGGAGAUAACACAGCUGAAGUGUGAAAAUGAAGAGCUGCAGGAGCUGGCACAACAUGUACAGUACAUGGCAGAUAUGAUUGAGAGGCUGACUGGGAAGUGCCCAGACAAUCUGGAGGAAAUGAGGGAUAUUGCGCUUGAUGUGGAUGAGCACGACAGUGAAGUGGCAGGUCAAAGUGAGGAAAGAGACUCUGAUUCCAGCCUGGAUGAUUCCGAGGAAGAGACCUCAGACCAUGAACAAGGACCCUCAGGAGAGCUGGAUUAACUGACAACUUGUAUUUCAUGGGACUUUGAACUGCUUGUACAGGUCAGCAGAUUUUAGCUACAGGAUGUCCAGGCAGCAACAAGUGGUCAUUUGACUGAAUUGGCCCUUCAAUGUUGUAGUUUUCUAUAAUUUUGAAAGCCUGCAUUUUACUUUUUUUUUUUUUUUUUUAAAGCCAUGAACAGAUUGGGCUUUUUUUAAUUUUUUUUUUUUAGGUUUUACUGUAUUGUAAGGUGUUUAAUACUAAGCCGCUUUUCAAAAGACGGUAGGAAAAGCACAGGUGUACUUUAAUGAUGGCUGAAGUUUUAGUUUCUUAUGAUGGCUUACUGGGACACCAGACCUGAGCCAUUGUUAAUGUUUAAUGUCAAGGUACUGAGGGCAUAAGUUGAUUCCAGGGAAUAACACAAACCUUCCAGCUUACACAGACCCCUUGACUGCCAGAAACCAACUGGUAGGAGUGACAACUAUGUGACUAACACUUGUGCAAUUCCUACACAACCAAAGUGUGCUGUGAAGAACUUAUUUUCUUUCCUUCCAGCAGAUUUUUGCAUUCACUGCCAGAUGUGGCCUUGAGCAUGGCCUUGAAGUGUUUUGCCUUACACUGUAAAAUUGUGCAAUGUUAUAGCUCAUAUGUAUAUAAGUCUAAUGUAAAAUAAACCUUUUUUU